GGUCUUGGGGCGAAGCUUGAUUCGAAAGACUGGUUCGUGGUUUGCGAGGGGCUUAUCGAACUCCGGAGGGUUGCGAAGUUUAACAGCGAACGCCUUAACGAACGACUUGAAUCCUAUUAUGAUUCAAUGUUGAAGUCUCUGAAGAAUCCCAGAAGUGUUCUCAGAAAGACUUUAUGGAUGACUUUUGAGGACCUGUUUAGUUUCAACACAACGUGCAUGGAAGGGUCGCUUGAAUCCUUGAUGCAACCGUUGCUUAUCCAAGCUUCGCAAGAUAAUAAGUUCAUGGUUGAAGCCGUCGACCGCGCACUUUCCACAAUGACCUCAACUCUCAAUCCGGAAGUCACUUUUAAAGCAGUCCAACCGUGCAUCGCUCAUAAGAGUCCGAGAGUCCGGUCGAAGGCUAUGAUUUACGCCUACCAAGCGGCAGUGCGUCUGAAUACGGAUCAGGUCAAGGUUAUUGGACUGGAUGUGCUUCUAAAGAUUGCCGCAACUCAGAUGAAGGACCAGGCCCCAGAGGGACGGGAAGCAGCUCGGAAGCUUGCAGUGACAGGCGUUUGUGGGGCGUGGCGAGUGACUGUGCGCAUUCAACAGUGCGACAUGCGGAGAGGGUACCUGUGCGGAUCCAUGGAGGCUCUUAACGUUCCUUCUACUGACACCUCGGUGGUGACGUUUUGGGACGGAGAGAUUGUGGACGGCAAGAACUACUCCUUCUUCACAGGCCAGUGGGACGCCACUCGUGAAACUGACAUCAAACACUGGUCUCGCUUCCCAUGCUUUUCGCAGCUCAAGGAAGCAGCACUCAAGGACGGAGCUCGAUCCAUAGAUCUGUCAACAUUCCCCUACAUCUUCAUGCGGUGGAAGGAGAAGUUCUUUGUAAAUGUGGGCCCGGACUCCUCGCUCUCCUCCUUCUCUUUCCUUUUCUUCCUGCUCUCAUCUCAUCACAUCGCCUUGGCACCUCCCCUGCAGCCCAUUUCAAAAGCUGGAGCUCCAGCCACAGCAGCUGAGCUCCUCUGGGUACACAUCCGGCACAUUGGCUCUCUGCUAAUCUGCACAGAGCGAUUUCUGAGGCGCCUCUGA